AAUAGGGGUGCCGCUCUAGGGGGGUGACACAUUUUCCAUAAGGACUGCGCCCGAUCCAGAAUUCCAGACCAGUGCCGGUGUAUUGCGAUAAAUUUGCCAUUUAUCUACUGUUAGUGUGUUAGUGACUUCGGCCUCCAGCCCAAUGAUGGCCCUCAAAGUGCUGCCAAUCGCGCAACUUCUUCUCAUCCUCUUUACCGACUUGGUGCUUUGCUACCCCAGCGGCUACUACAGCUCGAAACGGUACCGACAGACGCACAGACCGGCCGCCUACGAUCCCUACGACUACUACAGCAGAAGCCAGCGGUACCCGUUCGGGUACUACCCCAGCUACAGCCAGCUCUACCCUGAGGAGUACUACUAUAGCCAAGAUGGCUAUUCGCCCGUCUACUACGUGGCCCCUAGGAGCGCUAAGUACGACUACUAUCAGUCGGCACUCCCUUACUCCUAUCGCCAAGAGGUUCCUGCCAGCAGAAGCAAAUACAACUACUACAACGAUGCAGAUCAGGCUAUUGAAGACCCAGAGAAGCUGCUGCAGGACUACGAGCGGGAGCAGCGGGAAAGGUCGCAACCGAUUGGCCACGAGAUUCGCUAUGAGACCGACUACGGUUCUGAUGAUGACUCAACUCUGGCUGAUACCAGUGCCGCCUUUCUCAACAACCUGAUGAUGCAGCAGAUGUACCAAGACGCCCAGCAGCCGUCCAAGAACUCCUACGACUAUUCCGCGGGUUGGAACGACAUGCCCUACGAUCGGGCGGUUGCCCUGGAAGAUCAGGAAGUGGAGGAGCUGAAAGAGCUGCCGAAGAAGCAGAAGGAGCGCAAGGCCAGGCAGCGAAAGCAGCGCAAACAGCGGAUCAACAACGACACGCCUUCCAAAAGGAGCGAGAGCAGCGCCAUAGUCUUCACGGACCGAAAGCCGGUUGUAAAAGAGGAAGAGGAAGCACCUAGGAGGGACACCAGAGGACAGAAGGAAGAAGUGCUGAUGAGACCGGCCACGCCCGUUAGGCACCCGUUCUCCAAUUCGGUGCUGGACAUGAUGAACCGACAGGAGGAGAGAAAGAGAUCUCCUUCAGUUUACGAGCAGAUCAAGCAGAUGUUGGAGAUGGAUAAGAACGACGAGAAGCAAUCGAUUGAUGAAGACGUGAGACCAUCGAUGAAGAAGCGAAUCGUGUCCAGUGAAGACAGCCUGACGAGGCAACUGUCCGUGUUGAAGACGACCCACUAGAUGCAACUGAAGACAAAAAUGCAUGUACAAACAUAGGUAUUUAGAGUAGCUGUCUAUAUUCUUGAGCAUUUGAAUUAGGAGAUGUUUUAACUCGGACCGAAUUGACCAAAGACGAAACCUCCCAAACCCAGAAACUUCCUAUCGCCACUUGACUUGUUUAUCAACUUAUUUAAAAUUGUCUCGUAAUUCGUCUUUUUGAUAGAAUAUAGAACGUAGAACUGUAGAACAUAUGAAGACUGAUCAAAUUUAAGUAUUACUAAAUCUAAUUAAAAACGAUAGAGAACAUUGAACGUGCUGCUUUUUAACUCCUUCCACUCUAGAUAGGCGAAUCUACUAUAUAUUUAACUAUUAAUCGAUUAAGAAAGACAUUCAUCAAUUCCUCCUCUAUAUGCUAAGCUAGGUCUAAGGGUGCUUAGUAGGAUACAUAGCGACGCGUUUAAUUCCUGUAUAUACUUGUCUCAGUUAUCUAGAUGAAACAGGGUAACUGAAUUGAAAUAGCUUGAUGAUGAUGGAAACCCACCCUUUAACUGAGUAAACGACUACUGUACUUUCAAACAUUGCAGAUUUCACUUGUGAUACAGAGAAAUAAGGACUGUCAAUGUUAGACUACAUUUAACUCGACUUUGGCCCCGAUCGUUCGGUGUGUGUAUAUAAAUCUAGAGUGUCCACAUAAAAACCUCUCAGAAGUUGUAUCUGAACAUCGGUCAUUGAAAACCUCCUGCUUCAUUCAACUACGCGCUGCUACUGCUUAGAUCUAAUUGACAAUAAAAGCUGCAACCACUCUGUACAUACUUAAGAACUCUCUGUAGUGCGCCAUAGAUUUAGAAGGCAGAAAAGGGAAAAUACAGCACAUAUAGAUAUUUUUGUAAUGGUUAGGGACAUUUGGAGUUUGUCUUCAGCACUAACCUCUAGCCGCUUAGCUCUGUAUAUGUUUUAUCAAUCGCUGGCCUGUUUUGGGAGGCGCCUAGUCCGGACGUUUCACACACUAUCCUGAGCUUAAUCCAACACCAACAUAAUACUGAAUGGCGUCCUGACUGGCCCCAGUCCCAAGCUGCUCAGCGUUAGCUUUAAGGGUGAGUCAAUUAGGGAACUGGCAGACCUGAUGGUCGGUUGCUCAAUGCUUCAACGUCUGCGUCCGAAGAGUCCGCGACCGACCGCUGGUAGGAAGUGAAGGCGAAGAUAAAGCGCCACAGUGUUGUACAUAUCUCUUCAUAUUUUUUUACAUAAAAUGUAUCAAUUCUAUAUAUUUUGAUAAUAUAUAAAGUUGUCUUUAGCUGACGUACGAUAACUAUUGUUAGAUGACAUCCAGGCAUUACUGAACUAGCGAUUAAGGAACACUUACGCUGAUUGGGCGUGUUAAAACUAUUGUAACUUAAUGACUGAAGAAUAAAUGUCAUUAUUGAA